ACAUGAAGAAAAAGAAAAUCAUAUACAAGACGAUAUAAUAUAUUAUAAAUAUAAUAAUAUUGUAAAUAUAGAUAAUAAACAAAAUGAACUUGUUGAUCAUACUACACAAACACAAAAAUUUUUUAAUAAAGAAACAGAAAUUAAAAGUCAAAUAUUCUUAUCUAGGAAAUAUAAAAGUUUAUUAUUACAAAAUAAAAUAAAAACAACUCAACAUGAAAAUUUUCUUAAAAUUUGGAAUGAUUUACAAACUUAUAGUGAUUCAAAUGCAUAUAUAAAAUCAAAAAGAAAAAAAAAAAUACAGAAUAUAAACAAAAAACUUUUUUAUAUACAUAAUGAUAAAAAAAGAUAUAUAUUAAAUUAUUCAACAAAUAAUAGUGAUUAUAAUUCUUAUGACAAUAAGGAAGAUGAUAUUAUUCAUAAUAAUAUUGUUAUACAUCAAAAUAUAAAACAAGAUCAAGAAAUAAAAAAUAUAAAGGAAAAAGAUAAAGAAAAAUAUAAUUAUUCAAAUUUUAAUUUAUUUAAUAAUACAAUAAAAUCAUUUGGAAAGGAUAUAAUGUCAGGCAUUAAUAAUUUUCUAUAUAAUAAUAAUGAUAAUAUAAUAAAAAAUUAUAAAAAUCAUGCUUUAUAUUUUGACCUUGAUAAGAAGCAUAUUAUCAAUUAUUUUACUUCAACAAUGAAAGAAAUUAAAUCUAUAAAAAUGAAGGAUUCUUUACAUUCAUAUGAAAAGAAAGAUCAAAUAAUUACGUACUUUCCAAUUUAUAAAAAAAAUAAAAUUUUGUUUAAUCAUUGCUCUAUCAAAAAAUGGGAAAUUUUUAAAAACCACCCACUAUACAACUACAUAAUCCUCAAUUAUCUGUAUGACAAAAAAGAAGACAUGCUAAUAUUAUUUUGUGAUGAUAUCAUUGUUCAAAUAAAGAGUAAAAAAAAACAUGCUGUUAUAAGAAAAGAAAAUAUUAUAAAAAUUGAAAUGUGUUGUAUUUAUUUUAAUAUGACAUUUGAGUGUGAUAAAAAUAUUAUCUUUAACAUAAAAAAUAUUAUAAAAAAAAAUAAAAAUAAUUUCCUUGGUCUUUAUUUUGAUAUACUUUUUAAAAACAAAAAGAAAAAAAGGCUAAUAAAAAAAAUACACAAAAAUCUUGUCAAAAUCUUGUACUUCCUUUAUUAUGUAUUUCAUUUUAUAUAUAAUUAUAAUAAAAAAAUUGCAAACAUGAAAAAAUUAAAAAAUAAAAAUCUACAUCAGAAUAUUAAUCAUGAACAGACAAAUACAAUAAAUUCUACUUCUUAUAAAUCUAAAGAACAUCCAUUUAUAACAAUAUUUCUAGAAAACCAAAAAACUAUUUUUUCUUUUUCAUCCAUAACACAUUUUUAUCACUUCUUUAUUAAUAUAAGAGAUCUAUUAUUUAAUAAAUCGUAUUAA